UAUUAUGAUAAAAAGUAAAAACCUUAUAAAACUGUUAAAAGUAUUCGUGAUGGACAAAAUAAAAAUUAAAGACUUCCCUUACGAGAUUGAAACUGUGAAUCCGCAGGAAAACCAAGAGCUAAUGGAAUAUUUAAAAGGUACGAGCGACUACAUUCGCAUUGGGCCAAAGAAAUACUUCUUGCCUAGAAGAUAUUUGGCAAAAGCUGCAAAUAUUUACAACUUCCCACUGAGUUCACGUGAUACUCUCGUUGUUACAUUCCCAAAAUCAGGAACAACUUUGACUCAGGAACUAGUGUGGUUGUUGGGCAACAAUUUAGAUUAUGAGAAGGCUCAAUCAACAAACAUCAAUGAAAGAUUUCCAUUUUUGGAAAUAACGGCCAUGUACGACGUAGAAUCGCUGCCGUUAACCGAGCAUCAGAAGGACCAAUUGAGAAAAUCUCAAUUACCUGUCACAGUUAAGGAAUUAGAAGAAAUGCCGUCACCGAGAUUCAUUAAAAGCCAUCUGCCGCUGUCGCUACUACCACCGACAUUAUUGGACACUACGAAGGUGGUGUACGUUGCACGUGACCCAAGAGACGUAGCUUUCUCUUACUAUACAUUUUAUAAGUUUACGAGGCUUAUGUCAAAUGACAAAGAUUUUGAGACCUUUUGGAAAUUAUUCAUUUCUAAUAACAUUCUGUGGUCUCCGUACUUUGGACAUGUUCUAGAAGCUUGGGAGAAGCGGAAUCAUCCAAACAUGUUAUUCUUAUUCUAUGAGGACAUGGUUAAGGAUUUGGUGGGAGCUGUGCGACGUGUGGCGAAUUUUUAUGAAAAAACACUUUCAGAAGAGCAAAUAAACCGACUGGUUGACCACCUGAGUGUCGACAACUUUAAGAAAAACAAGUCCCUUAACAUGGAGGAUAUGAAAGAACUUGGGAUAUAUUCGAACGACGGAGCUUUUAUAAGAAAAGGUAAGUCAGGCGGGUGGCGAGAUCACUUCGAUGCGGAGAUGACGGCUCAGGCGGACGAGUGGAUCGCGGAACAUCUGCGUGACACCGACUUCCGUUUCCCACAUUGUUAAUUUUAAUAUGUUAAAAUAUAAGUAACAAUUGUAUUAUUAUUAAUAACAGAUAUAAAAUAGA